UUGGAAAUGACUUUUGAUGAUCUCAAGAUGAACUCUAUGAAGGACCAGCCAGAUCAGAAGUCAUUUGGAAAGAAAGCUAAAGGUCUUCGUCUCCUUUCUUCUCCGUGCUGGUGCCCCGCUGCCAUAACUCUGGGCAUCCUUAGCCUGGGAUUGUUGGUGACCCUUAUAUUGCUGAGGAAGCAACUAUUUCAGGUAUCUGACCUCCUAAAACAAAGCCAAGCAAACCUGACUCACCAGGAAAAUAUCCUGAAAGGACAGCUGUUAGCCCAGCAGCAAGCAGAGAAACGUUGGCAGAAUUCACAGAGGGAGCUCAGAAGAAUGAUAGAUACCCUUUACCAGAAGCUGGACGAGAGGUCCAAAGAGAAAAUAGAACUUCACAAGCAGAACCUGGGUCUCCAAGAAGCUCUGGCGAGAACGGAAAAUUAUUCAGGGCCUUGUCCGCAGGACUGGAUCUGGCAUGGAGAAAACUGCUACUUAUUUUCCUCGGGAAUGUUUAAUUGGCAAAAGAGUAGCAAGAACUGCUCAGCUUUGGGUGCUCAGUUGCUGAAAAUUAAUAACAAGGGUGACCUGGAUUUCAUCCGGGAAGCCACCUCCCAUUCUAAUCUCCCAUUCUGGAUGGGACUGAGACUGCAGAAGCCCGGGAAUUUGUGGCACUGGGAGGACAGUUCUCCUCUGAGGCCCCACUUGUUUAAACUUCAAGGUGCUUUUCCUAACAUGUACUCUUCAGAUACUUGUGCGUAUAUACAACGGGGAGAUGUUUUCCGUGAAAACUGUAUUUUAAUUGCCACCCCUAUAUGUCAGAAGUCAGCAGAUCUGUUGUGGACACAAUAAAUCUAAAAAAGCUGGACAAAAAAGGGAAGGUCUUUCAAUUUUUCCUGGAAGUGGACUAUUUUUCACAUCUUGGGAGCAAACCAUGAAGGCUUUGAGAACUGACAGUUAUAACCAGCUUUAGUACUCCUUGGCAGAGCCUCAGAGUGGACUCAUUGGAGGCUAAGACUGGAGCUUCAUUGGAGGCUGCCUGACACCUUCAGAUCAAGAGCUGCAAUUCUAUUCGUCCAUGUUUGUGUUUUUCAAGCAGUCUGUCCCAAGCCUCCUGCCAACCUUCAGGCCUUUCUGUCCUCCUCUAUUUCAAAAAUCGACCCCUCACUGAGCUUGGGAAACUACUAUCCUGAAGCUUCUGUACCUCAGUGCUGACUUCUGCAACUACGUGCCCAGCUGCAUGAGGAAGGCAAAAAAGGAUAAAUGGGCCCUGAACAGUGCGCGUG